GGGGGGUCUCACGAUAUUGCCCAGGCUGGUCUUGAACUCCUGAGCUCAAGCAAUCCUCCCACCUUGGACUCCCAAAGUGCUGGGAUUACAGGCAUGAGCCACUGCGCUGGGUCGCUUGGGGGCCAUUUGAAACAGCAAAAUCACCAACAAAAAGCACAGAAGUGUGGAAAGCAUAAACUAAAUGGACAGCAUAAAGGAUACAAGAAGGCAGAGCAUCACCUUGUUCAACUAUAGCUGGGAGGGUGUGCGUGGGGCAACUCAAGAUUUUUACUGCUCUGGGAUGUGCAUGUCUAUGAGUGACUGGGAAAACACCUCAAAUAUUGAUUUUGGGGUUACAAAUACAUUUUAGCAAGUAGAUAAGUUCACAAAUAUGGUAUUUGCAAAAAUGAGGAUACACUGUACAUAACGUAUUUACAAUACUUCCUUCUCUUGCCCUGCCCAUCGUAUUCCUUCCUUUCUUCAAAGGCCCACCUACCCUGUCAAGGAGCCUUAUUGAUUUGCACCCUGCCUCUGAUCACUGCCUUCUGUGCUCAAUUUAGAGAAAACUGGUGAGAUAAAUCAGUCAAUCAGUCAAUUAACCAAUCAAUCAAUACUAAUGAAGUAUUUUAAAGCACCCAACAUAAUUUCUGGGAGGUAGAAUGGGAAAUAGAUAAGUAUAAAAGGCAGUGCCUUCCCAAAAGGAGUUUAUCAGUAGUUGAAGAGACAAGCCUAACAUGGGCAAACAAUGCUAAAAAGUACCUAGGUCUAGUUUAAAAGAAUGUUGCACACCAUACAUGCUACAGAUACUUUAAAAAGUUGCCUAUCAAUAGAAGCUUUAAAUAAAACUUUCCUGAGAAAUAGAACUUUCAUGGGACAUUAAGAAGGAAAGACAGAUAUGGAGAAUGAUUGAAUGAAGUAUUCAGCAAGUAUAAAUGCAGCCUACGAAGUGGAAAUUAGCAUCGUAUUGUUUUUUUCCAAAUAAGAAUUAAGAGAUGAACUUAGUGAGGACACUUUUGUGAGGAGUCAGGGAGUUGGGGAGUUGGGUGCAAGCUCAGGUCAGCCUGAUGAUGCUUUGUUCCUUACCCUGAGAGAUAUUUUACCAAAAACACUGACAGGUAUUUCUGAUAGAUUAACCAAUACCAAACGUUUUGAAUCCUAUUCUUAUUUGCCACACACGUUUAGUCAGGAUCUCAAGGAUUCAUCAGUAGCAGCAGAUACUUUAAUGUAGGGUUAAUAUAUUUGAGAGGUCAUUCUUAAGAAAAGUCUAGGCAAUAGGCCCUCAGGUAGUGAAUUAUUCCAUAGGAUUCUUUGUUUUUGUUUCAUUUUUUCUUUUCAUUUUUCUAUUUUUCUCCAUAGGAUUCUUGAUAGGUUUCAAUCACACACCUUCCCAUGGGUAACCCACCCCUUCUGUUCAGCAGUAAACUAACAACUACAUACCAGUGAACAUCACAGGUAUAAACCACCUUUCUUUUUUUCUUUUAAGGAAAUAGUAUGCAAACUUUAGUACUCCUUUCCUAGUAACAAAUAACUGCUGUAUCAGAUUGUGUCACAAGGCAGCUGCUUUGACUUAUUGCUCCGUAGCUGGGGCCAGCCUCUUCAGAACAUUGUUAAUGAGAGAAAGGAAGUGCUUUGGGCAGUGUCUGGCCCAUCACGCCCUCUGUAAAUGUUUGCUAUUAAUGCAAAGACCAAGUCUCCCACAGUGUCCAAUUUGUUUCCUUGUAAAUUCUUCAAGGUACUGCAAUGCUGGGAUCCCAGAGAACAGAAUCGGGCUUAGAAGAAGUGGGUAUCCACGGUGCCCGAGCCUAAUCUUACAUCUUGGAUUUGUAAGUGGCAUUUAUUGAGUCGAACAUGACCUUGAGCACGGGGUCACACAUUCUUUCAGCAAACACUGGUUAGGCACCAGCUGCUACGUGCAAGCACUGCCCUACAUGCUGGGAUGCAGCUGUAGUAGGAAUGAAAUAACGCCAGCAUUCCUGCAUGCGGGCAGUGCGGGCCCUGUACAGAAAGGUACACGAGAUAGGCAUCCUCACAUCCAUUGUCCUGGGAGGAAACUAAGGCUUUGAGAAACGGAGAACUUGCCGGGCCAUUUGACUCCACGUCAUCCCCUCCCCCAUCAAUGCCCUGAACAGCCUCCUGUACACCCUUAAGGAACUUACUUUGUAAUGAUUAUUAAGAACUUAAAGAGACCCCGAGCAUCACCUCGGCAUAUCGCAUCCUUUCUCUAGAGAACCCCUAAUGUUGGAAGGGAUCAGAGCGCACCUCCUCCGCUCCCGGGAGCACCCCCUUCCUAAUACCUUGGGGAUGGGUCGGAAGUAAAGGAAAGGAGACGCGAGAGGUGUCGUCGAUGUGCCUGCAAAGCCCAGGCUCCUCCGGAGAUCCUUCCGUCCGUCCCUAUAGGAGAAGGCUGGCCCGGGCUGCUCCACUCCCCGGAGCUGCAGACUGAGUCGCCAGGUUUCUAUGCCUUCAAAGCCCUGCGCGACGGCCACACCAAACACCCAAACCUUGGGCAGGGACCAAACGGUCACUUCCCCGCCCUCCGGGCUCAAUAUGCAAAUCCGAGCACCAGGAAGUAGCUGGGACCUCUCGGCCGAGCCCAGAGACAGCCAGUUCCUCUCCCGCCGCACCGGGCCGCGCUGCCGCUCGCUCCCCGGCCGUGGCGCCUCCGGGCCAGACGCGCUGCAGUCUCCAGCCCGCGGCAAGCGGAGCGGCCGCGCCACCCCCGGCUCCGCGCCAGCAGCCCCUCGCCGCGCGUCCCGCGUUCCCGGCCAGCAGCCUCCCCCUACACAGGUCCUGCUGGGCCGCCCCGUCGCGCCCCCCGCUCUGAACUCAAGUCACCGUGGAGCUCCGCCGCCCCGAAACUUUCACCGCGAGCGGGUUCCAGAAUCUCAGCUUUUACCUGGACAGAGGUUUCAAACUAAAGAUCCAGAAGAACAAGGAGACAUUGUGGUAGCCUUAUACCCCUAUGAUGGCAUCCACCCGGACGACUUGUCUUUCAAGAAAGGAGAGAAGAUGAAAGUCCUGGAGGAGCAUGGAGAAUGGUGGAAAGCAAAGUCCCUUUCAACAAAAAAAGAAGGCUUCAUCCCCAGCAACUAUGUGGCCAAACUCAACACCUUAGAAACAGAAGAGUGGUUUUUCAAGGAUAUAACCAGGAAGGAUGCAGAAAGGCAGCUUUUGGCACCAGGAAAUAGCGCUGGAGCUUUCCUUAUUAGAGAAAGUGAAACAUUAAAAGGAAGCUUCUCUCUGUCUGUCAGAGACUUUGACCCUGUGCAUGGUGAUGUUAUUAAGCACUACAAAAUUAGAAGUCUGGAUAAUGGGGGCUAUUACAUCUCUCCACGAAUCACUUUUCCCUGUAUCAGCGACAUGAUUAAACAUUACCAAAAGCAGCCAGAUGGCUUGUGCAGAAGACUGGAGAAGGCUUGUAUUAGUCCCAAGCCACAGAAGCCAUGGGAUAAAGAUGCCUGGGAGAUCCCCCGGGAGUCCAUCAAGUUGGUGAAAAGGCUCGGCGCUGGGCAGUUUGGGGAAGUCUGGAUGGGUUACUAUAACAACAGUACCAAGGUGGCUGUGAAAACCCUGAAGCCAGGCACUAUGUCUGUGCAAGCCUUCCUGGAAGAAGCCAACCUCAUGAAGACACUGCAGCACGACAAGCUCGUGAGGCUCUACGCCGUGGUCACCAGGGAGGAGCCCAUUUACAUCAUCACGGAGUACAUGGCCAAGGGUAGUUUGCUGGAUUUCCUGAAGAGUGAUGAAGGUGGCAAAGUGCUGCUUCCAAAGCUCAUUGACUUUUCUGCUCAGAUUGCAGAGGGAAUGGCAUACAUCGAGCGGAAGAACUACAUUCACCGGGACCUGCGAGCAGCUAAUGUCCUGGUCUCUGAGUCACUCAUGUGCAAAAUUGCAGAUUUUGGCCUUGCUAGAGUAAUUGAAGAUAAUGAGUACACAGCAAGGGAAGGUGCUAAGUUCCCUAUUAAGUGGACGGCUCCAGAAGCAAUCAACUUUGGAUGUUUCACUAUUAAGUCUGAUGUGUGGUCCUUUGGAAUCCUCCUAUACGAAAUCGUCACCUAUGGGAAAAUUCCCUACCCAGGGAGAACUAAUGCCGACGUGAUGACCGCCCUGUCCCAGGGCUACAGGAUGCCCCGUGUGGAGAACUGCCCAGAUGAGCUCUAUGACAUUAUGAAAAUGUGCUGGAAAGAAAAGGCAGAAGAGAGACCAACAUUUGAUUACUUACAGAGCGUCCUGGAUGAUUUCUACACAGCCACGGAAGGGCAGUACCAGCAGCAGCCUUAGAGCAUAGGGAGACCCGUCCAUUUGGCAGGGGUGGCUGCCUCAUUUAGAGAGGAAAAGUAACCAUCACUGGUUGCACUUAUUAUUUCAUGUGUGGGGAUCAUCUGCCGUGCCUGGAUCCUGAAAUAGAGGCUAAAUUACUCAGGAAGAACACCCUCUAAAUGGGAAAGUAUUCUGUACUCUUAGAUGGAUGCUCCACUCAGUUGCAGCUUGGACUUGCCCUCAGCAGCUGGUAAUCUUGCUCUGCUUGACAACAUCUGAGUGCAGCCGUUUGAGAAGAAAACACCUAUUCUCUCCAAAAAGGCACCCAACUAGCUCUCUGUUUACAAUUGGACAUAGGACUCAAAGUUGCAGAGACCAUUGCAAUGAAUCCCCAAUAAUUUCAGAACUAAACUCAUUUAUAAAGCUAAAAUAACCGGAUACAUAGCAUGACAUUUCUUUGUAUUUUCUCUAUGCUUUGGCUUACUCGUUUAAAAAAAAAAAAAAAAAAAAAAAAAAAAAAAAAAACUAAUCCAACCUGUUAGAUUUUGCAGGUGAAGUCAGCAGAUUAAAAAUGUCUUUCCCAGAUUUCAAUGUUUUUUUUCCCCCUACCUCCCAAAAUCUGAGACUGUUAAAACAUUUUUCUUCUAUGAACACUGCUCAGACCUGCUAGACAUGCCAUAGGAGUGGCAUGCACAUCUCUCUCUCUUCCAGCAGGAGGAGCCCGUGAGCACGCACAGCUGCCCUGUCUGCUCACCCGAAGGCACCGGGCUCACCUGGACCUCCCAGGAAAGGGAGAAGAGCCUCAGAAACUGCUCUGUGUUUAGAAGGAAUCUUUUUAAGAGUCCAGCUUUUUCAUUUCCACAAUUUUCUAUGUCCAGAUUUGUUUUGACAAUGUAGUUUGGAAGAACUAAGAUUCUAAUCUCUGAAGAACCUCGUAGGGCCUUCUAAAACAUGAGUUUCCUUUGUUGCUUCAAAGAUUUGAACAUUGUUAAAGAUCAUGCAUUAAUUUUAGCUGUACUCUAGAAAGCCAAAGUGCCACAUUCGGGGCUAUUUUUAUGAUUCAGCAAUCUUUUCUAAAUUGUGUAGCAUGUGUAUGAGACUAUUUAUACCCAAGGAUAUGAAGGAACAUAAGUGACUGCGAGGCUCUAAUAAGCCAUGGUAGCAGGAGGUUCAAAGCAGUUCUGCUCACUAAAUUUUUCUCCUGUAGGCUUUGAAUGGAAACUUCUGUAUCACAUGAUAUGUUUCACUUAUGCUGUUGUGUAUAUACCUAAUAUUUCUAUUUUUGAUUUUAUUUUAAUACACCUCGUCCAAUAACA